AUGAAGUACUUCAAUUAAUUAUUUUUUUUAUUUUAUAACAAAAUCUAGUUAAAAUAGUCAGGCACAACAAAUGAGUGCUCCUUUUCUUCGACUCCUUUUUCAACUCCCGGGAAACUUCACCUACAUCAUCAGCUCACCUCCUUUCUUCUCCAACUUCUCAACUGCAACAACCCAAAAACAACAAAACUCAUACAUCUUUACAAAAAAACAACCCAAAAUUCCUCUUAUUUUCUCUCUCCUCAACAAAAAUGGCGGCAAUCUCAGAACCCAUCUCUCUCACCCCCUAAUGCCACGCGCCAGACAUCAAUGGCGCUUCGAAACGGCGGACUCGAAACGGCCCGAACCCAAGAACCGGCCCAAGAGUUUCGGGCCUUAGUCGAGAAGGCUGACCGGAAGUUUUCGCGGGUUCGAGACCUUCCUGAUUUUGGGCCUGGGCCCAACCCGGCUCGAUACCUGAACAAGGUGUUCAAGGCGUAUAUGAAGGUGUGGAAGUUUCAGCGAGAGAACCGGGCCAAGUUGGUGGGUUCGGGCCUACAAAGGUGGGAAAUCGGAGAGAUCGCGUCUCGGAUCGGGCAGUUGUAUUUUGGGCAGUACAUGAGAAGUAGUGAAGCUAGGUUUCUUCUAGAAUCGUAUGUUUUUUACGAGGCAAUUUUUAAUCGUGGGUAUUUUCAAGGUGGUAAAGAAUUUGGUGGGGUUAGUGUUAGGUUUAAGGAAUUAAGGUUUUAUGCUCGAUUUUUGUUGGUUGCUUUGAUUUUGAAUCGUCGUGAUGUUGUUGAUUUGCUCGUUGACCGGUUUAAGGUUCUUGUUGAUGAUAGCCGAGCUACUUUUCGGGAAACUAACUUCAAAGAAUGGAAGCAAGUGGUUCAAGAGAUUGUCCGCUUUGUAAAUGUUGACAAGCCAUUGCCAAAUGCUCGGCCAUUGCGUUAUUGUGCCAUGUUUGACACUCAUCCAGACUCGUUGCCGUAUGUAGCUCGUUUUCAUGCAAAGAAAGUUUUAAAAUUGAAAGAUGUAGUGUUAACCAGCUAUCACCGGAAUGAGGUUAAGUUUGCUGAAGUGACAUUGGACACAUACAGAAUGCUGCAAUGUUUGGAAUGGGAGCCAAGUGGAUCAUUUUACCAAAAGCAUCAAACUGAACCCAUUGAAAAUGGUGUCCACAAGGACUUUUCUGGUACUUCUGGGUUAAUUGACAUAAAUUUGGCAGCUGAUCUGACUGAUCCAACCUUGCCCCCAAAUCCAAGGAAAGCAGUUUUGUAUCGCCCAACAGUGACACAAUUUAUUUCUGUCAUAGCAACAAUGUGUGAGGAGCUCCCACCCGACAGUAUUAUACUAAUAUAUGUGUCAUCAUCUUUGGGAGCAGCUAGUUCCGUUAGUGCUGAAAGCUCUGGCGGCUCUAGAAGAUUUUCAAAGAGUAAAGUUUUGCUUUCAGCUGCCCAUGAUCAAACCCUGUCUCCUGGAGAUAAUAAAAAAGGAUACUUGAGUAAUUAUUAUGAUAAUUCCCUGUGUUUAAGUCCACGUGGAAUUGGAGGUUCUAAUAACCUCUAUCCCGGAGAUUUAUUACCCUUCACUAGGAGGCCUCUCUUCUUAGUUAUUGAUAGUGAUAACAGCCAUGCAUUCAAGGUCAUUCAUGGUUCAGAAAGAGGGGAGCCAUCAGCGUUGUUGCUUUCCCCCUCAAGGCCAUCAUUCAAGAACCCUCCUAGUGUUGAUGCAAUUGAAAAUGGGAGCCAGUUUACUCUGUUUUUGACAACUCCUCUACUAGCAUUUUGCCAAUUGGUUGGCCUUUCUGCACCUGAUAGAGAUACAGACAUUUAUGGUGAGGCUGAAAACAUAAUUGCAAAUGCCUUUGCUAAAUGGGAAGUGAUGUUAUGCUCAUCAACAAAAAUUGAUCUCGUUUGGGCUCAAGUACUUCCAGACCCUUUCCUUCGUCGCAUUAUUCUUAGAUUUAUAUUCUGCCGUGCUGUGCUAUAUCUACUCCACCCCCUUAACACAAGGGAUUCAUACAUGCCUGAUUGCCUGCCUCAUCUUCCUGGUUUUUUAUCACCUGAUGCAGAAGCCGUUGAAUCAUAUAUUCAUCGGCUUGCUGACCACCUCAAAGUUUCUGACUGUUUCUAUAAUACGUAACUGGAAGAAGGUACUUGUCAGCUAAUUCAAGGCCAAGUUCAAGUUUUGUUGAUUUUUUAGUGCUACAGUGAUACAACCCCUGAAGAUUCUGGUUAACACUUCCUGGACAUGGCGAAUAGAACUCCUGGGGAAGACUAUGCAUUGCCGAGAAUUCUUUGGUAAGCUGAGGAGGCUAUUGGGAGUGGGGCAUGUCGAUCGACUGCAACAAAUUGGAGGUUAAUAUUUCGAUGUCAUUGCGCGAAUCUUUGUUGUGGAUAUAAUGUGAGAAUAGUGUUUGAUAGAUGGCAUUUCUUCAACAAUAGGAAGUUCUAUAUUUAGGUGUCAUUGGGCGGACCUUUGUUGUGUGGUAUACUAUGUGAAAAUAGUGUGUAGAUGGGUUAGGUGUUUUUUUUUUUUUAAAAAAAAAAUUUAUUUUAUUUAUAUUAUUUCUUUUUUCUUUGUUUCUUGGGUAUGGAUUUAGCUUAAUGCCCUAGCAAAUUGCUAUUAUGUUACUUCGUAUAUUUCAAUACAUCCACAGGAAAUGCUAGAUUUCUUCACGUUUAUGUACAAGAAUAACUUUUUACUUCAAUAUUUCAAGUGGGAAAUUACCCAAGAUACA